GGCCCGGCUGGCGUGGCUGCUCCUGGCCGCGGCCGGGGCUCGCGAGGCGCCGCCGCCGGAGCCCCCGACGGCGAGCCCGGGCAGCCCCAGCGCCGCGCAGACGGCCGACUUCGGGCGGCGCUACCUGGGCACGGUCAGCAGGCACGCCGAGCGCCUCUACGCCUUCAGCUACAGCAGCAGCAAGCCGGGCCAGGUGGAUGCAGUCCGGGUGAACGUACGGAGUGACUCGGAGGAUCUUCAGUAUCCAGUCUUAUUUGUAGUUCGGCAGCAGAAGGGGGUGCUAUCCUGGCAGGUUCCUCUUAUUUUUCGAGGCCUUUACCAAAGAAGUUACAACUACCAGGAAGUGAGCCGUACCCUCUGUCCAUCUGAACCUGUGCCUGAGAGCGAACCUACAGAGCAGGUCAUAUAUGUAGAUGUGGCGUCCAUGGCCCCUUAUGGUGCCCACUAUUCACUUGAAGUUACCAGGCUGAAGAGCUUCGAACUUGGGACAAACUCUCCUUUCAAGUUCAAGGCCAGCCCUUCUGAGCCCCAGUAUUUUCUCUACAAGUUCCCUCCAGAUGUGGAUUCUGUUGUAAUCAAAGUGGUUUCUGAGGCUGUCUACCCCUGUUCUGUUGUCUCCAUCCAGGAUAUUGUGUGCCCAGUUUAUGAUCUGGACCAUAAUGUGGAAUUUAAUGGGGUUUACCAAUCCAUGACGAAACAGGCAGCCAUCACCGUGCAGAAAAAGGACUUUCUGGGUGAACAAUUCUUCGUUGUCUUUGUCAUAAAACCUGAGGAUUAUGCCUGUGGUGGUUCAGUGCCUUCCUCCAUUCAAGAUAAAGCAAACCAUACCUGGAACCUCCAGCGGAUGAAGACCCUUGAAGUGACAGUUGUGCCUUCGAUUCAAGAGUCUGUUUAUGUGAACGCCAUCCUCUUCAGCUUCCUGAGUUUCUUCUCGUUCUACUUGGGCUCACUGGUGGUUGCCUUUGUGCACUAUGUCAGGAGUCGGAAGAAGAGUUCCAGUGGAAGCGUCAGUCCUGAUGACGGGACUGGGACAGUGACAUCUUCGCAUCCGAUCACUGUCAACACCACUGAGGGAAGCAGCUAUGGAGCUAUAGAUGAGUCAAGCCCCAGUGGGGGGCAGCAGUUAUCUUCACUGGGCCACAAGGCCACAUGUGGCUCUGACACGGACAGCUCGGUGGAAGAGGAAAGCGAUUUCGACACCAUGCCUGAAAUUGAAAGUGAUAAGAACGUCAUCCGCACGAAGGUAUUCCUCUAUCUCUCGGAUUUAUCCAGGAAAGACCGGAGAAUUGUCAGCAAAAAGUAUAAAAUUUAUUUCUGGAACAUCAUCACCAUUGCUGUCUUCUACGCCCUGCCCGUGAUCCAGCUGGUGAUCACAUACCAGACAGUGGUGAAUGUGACGGGGAAUCAAGACAUCUGCUAUUAUAACUUCCUUUGCGCUCAUCCCUUGGGAGUCCUGAGUGCUUUUAACAACAUCCUCAGCAAUGUGGGCCACGUGCUGCUGGGCUUCCUCUUCCUGCUGAUUGUGCUGCGCCGAGACGUUCUCCAUCGACGCUCCCUGGAAACCAAAGACCUCUGCACGAUGGAGUACGGGAUCCCCAAGCAUUUCGGCCUCUUCUACGCCAUGGGAAUUGCUUUGAUGAUGGAAGGCGUUCUCAGUGCUUGCUAUCACGUCUGCCCUAACUACUCCAACUUCCAGUUCGACACCUCCUUCAUGUACAUGAUCGCAGGGCUUUGCAUGCUGAAGCUGUACCAGACCCGCCACCCGGACAUCAACGCCAGCGCCUAUUCUGCCUAUGCGUCCUUCGCGGUGGUCAUCUGCCUGGCUGUCCUUGGAGUGGUUUUUGGUAAAAAUGCAGUGUGGUUUUGGGUCCUCUUCUCAAUCGUCCACGUGGUGGCCUCGCUUGGUCUUAGCACCCAGAUUUACUACAUGGGCCGUUUCAAAAUUGAUCUGGGGAUCUUCCAACGCGCGUUCAUGGUACUGUACACUGAUUGCAUCCAGCAGUGCAGCCGGCCAAUGUACAUGGACAGAAUGGUCCUCCUGGUAGUUGGGAACCUGGUGAACUGGUCUUUUGCCAUUUUUGGACUGGUGUAUCGUCCAAAGGACUUUGCCUCCUACCUGCUGGGCAUCUUUAUCUGUAACCUUCUGCUGUACUUGGCCUUUUAUGUCAUCAUGAAGCUCCGUAGCUCAGAGAGGCUGCUGCUUAUCCCUCUAUUCUGCAUCGUGGCCACAGCAGUCGUUUGGGCUGCAGCCCUUUAUUUCUUCUUCCAAAACCUUAGCAGCUGGGAGGAAACCCCUGCAGAAUCCCGAGAGAAAAACCGUCCAUGCAUCCUCCUUGGGUUCUUCGAUGACCACGAUGUCUGGCACUUCCUCUCGGCCACGGCCUUGUUCUUCUCCUUUUUGGUCCUGCUGACUCUCGAUGAUGACUUGGAUUCUGUGCGGAGAGACAGGAUCCCUGUCUUCUAAGCCAUGGGAGAAGGAGAGUAAAGACCUUCCAUGCUGCUCCUGAAACCUUGGAAAGUUGCCAGUUUGUGCCACCAGUGGAAAACAAAUCUGUCACCGUAGACAGAACUGGCUCCCCCUGGGCAGCAUCACUGGAAGCCACUCUGAAGUUUAAAAAAAAAACCAAACAGAGAAACGGAAUCUCCUUCUCGCCACUGGCCGGUUCAGACCAAAGGUCAAGAUUCUAGCACAAAAUCUGGAGGCGAGAGGAGCCCUGGCGAGGUGUAGAUCCUCUGGUUGCGGCGUCCCAUCUUGGAGGACGGUGGUGGGACUAGGAACAGCUUUCACUGCCCUGGAAAGAGCAACAGGAGGAUGAUUUCAAGCAGUCCCACCUACCGGACAAGCAGACAGGGAUGUCUGGUCCAGCCGGGAUGUGGAGCUUGAUUGUGGAUUCUUCAGCCUGAAUGGACAGUGAACGCUGUUGCCCUUUUUUGCUUCCUCCUGCUUGAUUAGUCAGCAUUAGGUUACACUGGAAAAACAAACAGAAGUCUCGGCUCACCCUUAAAACUAACAUCAUUUAUUCGGCCAUAUGUUCCUGUGUACCAGAGGUCGCUUCAUCAGACGGGCACUCCCGACUCAUGAAAGCUUGCGCUGCGGCUCAGUUUUGUUCACCUUCAAGAUGCCCCUUUGCUGCUACAGACCAGCAUGGCUACUCACCUGGAGUUUGCAUUAGAACUUCUCCCACAAGACACCUGAAGCACUUCCAGAGCCAGCUCAGGCUGGCAAAUAAUUUGUCUUGGUGCUGGAAAAAAUUCUUCACCUAUGAGAGCUGCCAAGUUGGAGAGCAGGCUGCAGAAAACAGACUUCAGAAAGGGCUUUUCCAGCCCAGAUACUCCCCAGUAACGCGCCUGCUGUGUUGCCAUCUGAAACCUGCUUAAAUAUGUAAAGACUAAAGGUCAUUUUGCAUCAUACAGACCAGCCUUUGCUUCUGUCCCCAAAGGGAAAAGGAGGGCUCCUGGUACUGACGGUAUUGGGCACCGUUCUGGUGCUUCGAGGUCCUCGGCUCGCAUCAGACUUCUGCCGGCCACCUCAGCUAAGGUGUUGCUGCUGGCCGUCUUCAUAGCUGCCCCCCCCCAGCUCCUGUUGGGCGCUUGCGUUGCCCUUGCUCUCCCCACAGAAUAAUAAUUUAUUUUUCUCCCAAAGCCAGAAGCCACACAGGACAGAGUGAAGGGAGGCCCUUCGACAGUCUUACUCAAUGGCUUUAUUAUUUAAAAACAAGAUUAUUACUAUUGUUAUAUGUAACAGGAAUUGUGUACAUGUUUUGUCUUGCUAGACUUUUGAAUUAA